CACCAGGCAGAUUGCACAAAUAGCACACUCAAAAUGCUUGUUUUAAGCUGUGUGGUAAUUCUGGCGAUAUUAUCAGGUAUUAAGUGAUAGCGAAACUAUUAUUCUGCGACUGGGAUAUAACAAUUCGUAUUUUCCGUCAACAUGAUUUUUAUUUGCCUUUGAAUUUAGUGACUAAUCACUCCAUAGAACUUUGCAAAUAGCGUAUGUCAAAAAACAUAAUGUCCAUGUCAAGUUUCCCUUCCAUGCUUCAAAUUUUGUUUAAUUAUCCGCUGAUAAUGGUAGAUAGAAAUUCAGUAUUGCCCGUAUUUAAUUGCUUUUUUUUUCUUUUUGCAGUGAAUGUUUCUUCUGCCUCCAGCAACCAAGACCAGGUAAACUAAAUUUUCUUCCCAUAUUGAAAUGCACUGCAAAACGUAUGCCCUCAUCUCAACCUUGGAAUGAAUUUAAAUAUAUAUUGCCCCGGAAAGAUUCCGUUUUCCUGCGCAUUAACUAACGCGUAUUAUUUUUACUGUAUAUCUGCAAUUUGUUAAGAGAGAUGCUAUAUUUACAAUAUUUCUUGCUUGUUUUAAAGUCGUCGUUAGCGGGUAACCUUGAUGAUGCCGUUACCACCUAUUAGAAUUAACACUUAGAUUGAUAUAUCAACAACGGUAAACAAACCUUAACGAUAGGGGGAUUGAAACUUGUAACAUUCACAAACUCCUAAACAUUCAAGACUCGUCUUAGAGAUCUAGUUCAAAAGAAAACACGAGCGAAAUUGGUUAGACUGUAGCGUAUUUUGGCUAAAAGUUCCAAGCACAUUUGAAAGAAUUGACAACUUUCUUUCGCUAAUUGUUAUUUAUUACCCCACGACUGAGCAUCGUAUGAUGUCCCUGAAUAAUUCCAGGUUUCCACCUCCUUUUUCACUUUUUUUGUCGUGGUUUUCUUUUUCGCAUGGAAACUUUGGUAUAUGUAAGGUUUUAAUUUUGCGAGUGGAAACAGAUAUAUUACUUGAAAAUAACUGACAAAGAAACUUUCUGCUUUGUGCUUUGGUUCUUGGAAACAACGAAACCAUAUUUAACGCGAUAGGCUUUCCGAAACUCUUGUCUUAACGGCUCUUUAUUUCAGAACAUCUCUUGGACUUAAAUAGUACCUAAGCUAAAGCUAAACUGAAAAAAACAAUUUUUUGGUAAAAUGAAUCCUCAGAAUCAACAAUGAAAGCCCAACAAUUCAAGCCUUUAAUUAUUUCUUUUGAAGUUGUCGGUGACAUUUUUAAGCGCGGCCGUUUAAGUGGCAUUGACUAGUCGUCUCUUGCAGAGUUUCCAAUUAAAUUUUUAACUAGUUCUUUUUUAAUUUUCUUUUUUGAAUAUGCCGUCUAGCAUGUUUACAUGUAACGAAAACACCAAGAGACCGUCGCGGCACAAAUUGAAUGGAUUAUUACUAAAAAUACAUCUAAUGACGUCACAUUGGACUAGUAAAGUCGAGUUCGCUGACAUGGCAAAAUUUCUGGUGAAACGUUUAAUACCUGAAUACCUCGAAUAUGAAAAACCACUCACACUUGAAUAUUCGAUAGACUAAUUACUUUGUUAUAACUGUAUUUUUUAAAAUGUUUUAUGUAACUAUAAUAAUUAUGAAUGUAGUAAAAACGCAUGUAAAAACCUACAUCUUUUGAAGACUGGCUAAAAAGAUUCCUGCCAAGAUGCUGAAUGCUUGCGCGUCCCAUAUUAACCUCGCGUUGUGUGCAAUCUGCAACAACAAAUGCCUGCAUUUGGGAGAAAUGAAUCCUCUUGGAAAGUGUUUAACAUCCUCCUAAGAAUGGUAGGCGGCCCUGCUAAGAAGGCACUGAACUAUAAACCCAUCUCUCUUUCGCCAAAGUCCUCGAACGUUACGUGUUCAACAGGCUUAUCGACCAUAUGGCUCCUCAGGUUCAAAAGCUGCAGUUCAAGUUUUUAACCGGUAAAUACACCACAGCCCAGUUACUUGAAGUCCUUCAUAACAUUGGAGGAAAGCGGGACAAGCGAGUGCAGGUUGAUGCUAUCAAUCUUGACAUCGCUUAUCGAAUAAGCCUUCGACAGCGUUAACCACAAACUACUGCUCACGAAACUUGACCGAAUCGGCAUCUGCAGUACCCUGUUUUCUUAGUUCACUGAGCGCGUCCAAAGGGUCACAGUUCUCGGGGUCAACUUUGAAUUCCUCCCUGAACAAUCAAGAGUGCCGCAAGGGUCAAUACUUGGACUACUCUUGCUCUUCAUAAAUGCGAAUGACCUUCCUGACGUGGCGACUGCAACAUCUGUUGCUCUCUUUGCCGAUCACACGAAGUGCUUCUGGUCAAUCAAAGCCAUUAAGGAUGAUGCUUACCUACAGCGUGACCUCGACCACACUAGGCACCCACUGGUGUGAUCUCUGGCAAUUUGGUCUUAAUCAAUCUAAGUGGGGUCUACCUUCUAUUACCCUAUCAAUUAUCCAAUGUCCAAGUUAAGACCAUGGAAGCUCAGAGGGACCUUGAGAACUAGCUACAAGACGUCUGAAAUGGAACUCCCGAGUGCUGGAAGCUUGUUCGAAGGUCAAUAGGAUGCUUGGGUUUAUCCGCAGGUCGGCCUUCGACAUUGAAGACUAGAGAGUCCGCAGAUUACUUUACACGUUACAAGGUUCUCGGGAAUUCCGCACAAUGCUCCCAGAUGUGAGUUCCUCAAGCUGUCAAUCUUAUCCUUGACAUUAAAAGAAUUCAGCGGCGCGCCACCAAAUUCAUUUUAAUUAACCUUUACCGUAUUGGUGCGAAUUUAGUUACAAGCAGAGGCUUUUGAUAACUAGGCUAUUACCACUAUGUUUUUGGCACGAUGACGGAGUACGCCUUUAAAUGCUUAUAGUUAUUUUAACGGACCCUUUUAUUUUAGUAAUGAAUCCCACCAGACCCAGGCGCAUUGACGGCGCUGCGGAAUCUGGAACACUUUACCAUCCCACGUCCGGAACAUUGACGUUUCAGUAAGCCACUUCAAGAAAGAACUUUUUAACUUCUACUUGUGUCUCAGUAACACUGUUUAUGAUGUCAACACCCUCAGGCCUAUAAGACUGUGCGUAUCAAGUGCCACACUAGUCGGCCAUUGACCAGCUUGCUUAAUCGAAUGUGUUGUUGAUCGCUUUAUCGACGUUUGCCCCUAUACUAUUUGUUAUUGCUUGUUUUUAUGAUGUUUUUACCUCUAUAUAGUAAUUAUUGCUACUAUUACUAUCAUUAUUAUUUUUUCUGGACCUCAUAAUGGAGCUUGCUCUGUAUGUGUUAAAGCCAGGCAUCUUGGCGAAGUUGUAAAUAAAUAAAUAGAUACAUGCAUACAUACAUCCAUACAUACAUUUCAGGGUAGUUAUUGUUAAUUUAGGCUAAGUAGGUUCUCAAUUAGGUUCUUAAUUUCUGUGAAGGAGAUACAGUUGUUUACUAGCAAAAAAAUAAAAAAACGUGACUUUGGUCCUUAAAUAUACAGUAUUUAUUCACAACUGUGAAUCACGGCAAACCUCCGUGAGGAAGAUUACAGACAGGCCCCAGUUGUUCAAAAGGUGGAUAGCGCUAUCCAUCAGGUAAAUCUCUAUCCACUGGAUAGUGCAAUUAGUUUCCCUAAUACUUAUCCACUGGAAGAGAUUUAUCCGAUGGAUAGCGCUAUCCAGCUUUUGAACAACUGGGGCCUGUACUUUGUAUAAGCCUGUUUUUGUUAUAGGAAACAGUGGUAUAAUAUUUGUAAUUACAGUUUGGUACAGUAUUUUCUUGUAAUAUCAGUUUGCACUCUCAAAAUCAAACUCCUUGAUGAUUGUUAUAAUUUAACCGUAAACCACAUAGAAGAACCUGCUUGAUUUUGCUUGGCUAAACAGGGUUUUAUAUAAUUUGGUAUUGAGGUGGCAAAUUUCUGCUAGCAGGUUCUUUUCUUACACGCGGGUUUUUAUAGCCUGCGUCGCAGACGCUCAAAACCUUCUAUAUAGAGCGUCUAUACAACUGGGCCCAGUUGUUCGAAGGCCGAUUAGCGAUUAACUCGGGGUUUAAUUUAACCCGGCUUUCUUUCUCUUGUGUUCGAAAGCAUUUUCUCGGAUAAUUUUCCCUGUUAUUUUUAGGGCUUCCAAUGAUCAACUUGUAGACAAAACGAAUUAAAACUGAAAUGCUUUUUAAGCUUUCAAAUCUGAAUUCAAAUCUCGCACUAACCCUGGGUUAUCUUAACCCAACUUUGAACAACUCGGCCCUGGUUUAGGCGAGUACGCGGGCCGGCUACAACGCAGGCUACUGGGUUUUUACUUUACUACCUUAAUCCGAAAUCAAGGCGGUGUAGUAAUUUGGCUUCUGACAAUCCAGAAUGAAUGGUAAUCUAACUAUUGAAAUAUGUUGUAAAAAAAAACGGUGCUGAAGAACAACUUUUUCGCUGAACCUCUUACUGAAGCUUCAGUGCAGUACAAAUAGAAUGUAGAAGUAUACCGGAAAGUUAUCAUUAAAUCCCUUAUUGUACCAGACUACACGUUUACGCAACAAUGCGGAGGUGAUUCGAACGCCAAGUACUUUGAAAUGCCUUUGCCAAAAAUGGCUGAUAAAACAUCAGCAAACUCAGAUAUGCAUGCAUGCCAGUGGACGGUAAUAACGCCAUUGAGCACAAUUAACAGCUUGACAUUUUUUUUGACUGAAUCCCUUAUCUUACGAUUUUUCUUUCAUAGCCAACCCUCUAUCAAUGACUUACCAGUAACUAAGAUAAUAAAUGUUCCCUUAUUCUUAUUUAUACCCCAGUUUUGGUGCGGAUUGCCUAACGUGAAAAGAUGCGUGGACAAGGCUAACAACCUAACAGAGUGCAACUGCACUGAUCAGAACGAAAGAUAUUGCCCCUCCAACAACAGCUGCGUACUGUUGGAUAGUUCCAACGCCGGAGUCUGCUGGGAAAACGCAAGCUGUACUUUUGGUAAGUGCAGUAUUUCCGCCAUUUUUUCGGGUUUAACAUUUACGUUUAUGCUUUAUUCAACAUAGGCAAUAGACUGGAACAAAUUUUCUAACCAAUAUAACGGACAAAUUAUGAGUGGUGUCAUUUUAUUCUAUGCACUACAAAAAAUUCAUAUAAAAUGCAGCCUGUGAUUGCCUCCACCUUCAAGGUAGAGUUCACCAUAACGUCAUUUCAUUCCAAUUUAGGGGGUAAAUGCAAAGAGAAAAGAGUGAAAAGCAACUAAAACGGACUGUGGAGAAAUCUUUCUUUUUAAAGAAAUUGGACAUAGAAAUCCCCCCCCCCCCAAAAAAAAACGUCAUUUUUAAAGAUAUCUCGAACUCGAAACAUCCUUCUGCAUCUCUUUAUGAUAUUUAAAUAAAUGCCUGCUCACAAUUUACGAUGUAAAACAUCUUAUUUAAUUUGCUUAAUACAAAAAUAUAUUUAAAUAUAUCUUAUUUAAUAUGCCACAUUCAAUCAGGAAAGGAACUACAAUUCUAUUCACAGUGACGUCAUUCGAUCACGUGGUUUACACAAGAAAGCUACAACGAUGACCUGGAUCAUACAUAAAAACUAAACAGAGGGAACAAAGGUUUCUAAAAAGCUAUGAUAGCCUUUUUUUUCAACAAGUUUCGUUUCGGGUUAUUUAAAAAAGUAACAUAAAACCUGCUUUAGGUUACACUGAGAAACACUGAACUUCAGCUAUAUGCUUGGUUUCUUUUUCAGCAACAACGACAUCCAUGACCACUGUUAGUUCUUUAACUGCAAGUAACGCUACUAACGGUAAAAAGAUUUGCAUUGUGUUUUACAAAAAGGUGUAUUGGAGACUGUGUAUUAGCCACUUCAUUUCUGUAACAACAGCACUGUUUUUAAAUGGAGUUCAGAACAUUUCAAGUUGUAGUGGGUGGGGUAGGGGGUUGCUUUAGUUCCAUGUGCUACGGAACAACGAGUGUUACCAUUCCUCGUUAAAGAGGAGAGAAGAAACUUUUUAGGGUAUUCUUUUCGACUGUUCCCUGAAAUCAAUCACUAUGUAUUCUUCUUUUUCAAAUGACGUUUCGUUCCGGUUAUUGAAGACAACAAUUUCUUUGGCGUUUUCCUAGCCACCGAAUUAAUAAAUAAAUAAAUAAAUACGCGCCAUUAAGCCCCCGAAUAAUAGCCUUUUAUAGGUUAAAAGAAACACUGAACAUCAAAUAUGUGCUCACAUUCUUUUUCAACAACAACAACAUCGAUGAGCACAGUUAUUUCUUCUACUGCAAGUUACGUUAUUAACGGUAAAAAGAUCUGUUGUUUGAUAUUGAUUUACUUAGCAAAACGUUGCACCGAUUUUAGAGUCCAUGAUUGCUCUGACAACUGGUCCUAGAUGGAUAUUAGAUCAACGCAAUUAUAAACGUGGGGGAGGAAAACGGGUUAUUUUUUUGUAGCUGGGCUGGAGGUUUAUGAAGGUAGCUUUGGACUCCAUGUCCGAGGCAACAAAAAGAAAGAAAAAAAGUAAACCCAAGAAACCGUGCUUUCCCGCCCAACUCUUUCAAACUCUUUACGUACCCGACGUUUUCUACUUGCUUUCGCUUACUGUACUCUGAAUCAGCGAAUUCAUUCCUCCUAAAUGGAAUGAUGGUUGGAAUGAUGGUUGUAGCUGUAUACCCCCCACCCCUCCCCCCCCCCCCCCCUCCUUCCACUGGCGCGAGUAAAAUUUGAGCUUCUCAAAUCAAAGGAAAACAAUCCGUUUGGAUGAACGUUUUAACCUGAAUCAUAACAUAGAGUAGAGGCCACCCCAAAUCAUUGUCAUCUCGAAAUUUUCACCUAGCCUAACCGCGAGGGACCCUAGAAACGAGGUUGCACCUAGCCCGGGCACCUAGCACAACAUACCUGUAAAAUUGCACAUCUGGUGCAAUCAAUAUUUAUCGAAGAUUUCUUUUAAACUGCAGCGUCACACACUGUACCAAUACCAAGUGAAACAACAAUUCCAACAUUGACAAGCAAACCUACCAAGUUCUAUUCUCUCGACACCGAUUACUCGCCGAUCAUUAUAGCGGUGGCAGCGGGCUUUGGAGGAUUUAUUGUUUUCGUGUGCUGUAUGUGCGCCGUUCAUUCGUGGUGGUUAAAGAGGAAGAAGUUCACAGAUGUCAACAGCACACCAUUGAGUAAAAUAGAAAAAAAGCGAAGAAAACAAGAGUUGCUAGAGGCCAGAAUGCGAGAAGCAUUAGGUAAAGAUUUCAAAUUAUUACAAGACGGAAAAGGCCAGGAUGAAACGUCGAACUUCACAAGCGACGACCCUAAUGCUAAUGAAAGAGGAUAAUAGAGUUUGUUCAUUAGCAUAAGGUUCGUCAGAUGUUAAAUUCGACGUGCCCUAAUAUAUAAUGCAGUGUUUCAUCACCAGAUGAAACAAUGAAAAUACGAGUAUUUUUUGUUCGAGGUGUUUCACCUGGUGAUGAAACACUGUGUCGAAGGUUUGAUAUUUCUUCUCAAACAAAAUCAUUUUUGAAGGAGAAAUUAAGGAUGCAAAUAUGAGCAGUUUUUCAUCAGAUAUCCAAACACUCAUUAAACAUUAAUUUCCUUUGAAUUUUCUUUAUGAAUUAUUAAUGAGUUUGAGAAAUAAACGUAAUAUACGACGGGCUUCAGAUCUUCUAUCAUCAGAACUUGCUGAGAGGGACGCUACAAAUAAAGAGACGGAAGUUUCUAACAGUCGGAGGGUACUUUAAAGGUUUGAUCUCUUUUAAAAAACAGAAAAAAGAGUCAAAACAUCAAGAACGAUUUCAAUGCCAUUUUAGAGGUGCUGUUACUCCAUUUGGAACAGAACUAAGGAAAUAAAGUCCCAGAAUUUUGUUUGUGAUAAGAAGAGGUCAAAAUACCAAACUGGACAUUAUUAUUAUUAUUGUUAACAUUAUUUUUUUUUUCAUCAGAGGAAAAACGGCAAGGAAAAGAACCAUCUAAAUUUGACAUGGCUUAUACAAAGCCUCAAAAAGUGAACGAACGCGCUUUAGCCAAUUACGACUGGGCAAGAACCUCGUACCUACCAGGCAUGCUCGAGCCCACGGCUCACGACCAAAAUCCCUCGGGAUCAAUCCCGAAACUCAUCUGUGAUGAUGAUGACAGUGACUUUGAUGAUCCAAACGAGUUGGGUGACGAUAAUAUAGCCUUCGAGCACGGGAAGGAAGACCCGCGAGAAGUGGAAUCACCUUCGAUGUCGUCGUUGUUUUCACCUGUGGACGAACUCGAGCUGCAACCACAGGAGCCCGUGAUUGUCGAGCCUGAGAUGUUUGAUAGUCUGGCGGAAAUUCCCCGCCCUCCCCCUGACGGUGAUAUGGUUGGCUCAAAAGGAGUCCCUCCCAGUCAGGAUUACGUCACAAUGAUGGGAAGAUUUUAAAGCAUUUUGUAAUUAACUCCAUGCUUAAUUGUUCUUAUAAAGUAGUUUGCUCUCCG